CACUAUCUCUCGAAACUCUCCUCAUUACCAACCUAUACACCAAUCGCAACCAUGGGAUACGAUUUCACCGUUUACAAAGGAUCCAAGGACGGAUCCAUCAAGCAAGCCACCACCCACCGCGAUGAUCUGAAGAAAGACCAAGUGCUGGUGCGGGUCACCCACUCCGGGGUGUGCGGGACGGAUCUGCACUACCAGACAACCGACAUGGCGCUGGGCCACGAGGGCGCCGGCGUGGUCGAGGAGGUGGGCCCCGAGGUGCAGGACCUGAAGAAGGGCGACCGGGUGGGCUGGGGGUACGAGCACGACUGCUGCGGGCGGUGCUCCAACUGCCUGACGGGGUGGGAGACGAUGUGCCCGGAGCGGGCGAUGUAUGCGGGGGCGGAUCUGGACCAGGGCUCGUUCGCCACCCACGCCGUCUGGCGCGAGGCCUUCCUGUUUAAGAUCCCCGACGGGCUCAGCAACGAGGACUCGGCCCCGCUCAUGUGCGGCGGGUCGACCGUUUUCAACGCCCUGGUCGUCGCGGGCGUGAAGUCGACCUCCCGCGUGGGCAUUGUCGGCAUCGGCGGGCUCGGCCACCUGGCCAUCCAGUUCGCCGCCAAGAUGGGCUGCGACGUCGUCGUGUUCUCCGGCAGUGACAGCAAGAAGGAGGAGGCGCUCAAGCUGGGCGCGAAGGAGUUCCACGCGACCAAGGGCGCCAAGGAGCUCAAGAUCGGCAAGCCUCUUAAUCAUCUGAUCGUCUCCACCAGCAGCCAGCCCGACUGGAACCUCUACACCUCCGUCCUGGCCCCCGGCGCCGUCAUCUCGCCGCUCUCCGUCGACAGCUCCGAGUUCAAGUUCCCCUACAUGACCCUUCUCACCAGUGGCCUGCGCGUUCAGGGCGGCAUCGUCUCCGCGAGACAGGUCCACCGCGACAUGCUGGCCUUCGCUGCCUUGCACGGCAUCAAGCCUAUUAAGAUGACCUUCCCGUUGACGCAGGAGGGUGUGCAGGAGGCAUUGAAAACGCUCAAAGACGGCAAGAUGAGAUACAGGGGUGUUCUUGUUGCGCAAUAGAGCAUUUGAUUGGGUGAUGAGCGCGGUGAUUUAGAAUGACGAUAAACAGCGUUUUUAUGUACAGUAUAAUUUGCGGAUAAUGAUGAUGAUGACUUUAU